AUGUCCGCCAAACCUAUCGCUGUUGUCGCCGGUGUCGGUCCCGGCACUGGUGCAUCUAUCGCGCGCAAAUUCGGAAAAUCAUACUCGAUCGCAGUCUUGGCUCGGAAUCCAGCCAACUUCGAACCCCUAGUCAAUGAAAUCAAAUCCAACGGCAGCGAUGCCAUCGGCAUCAGUACCGACCUGACGAGCUCCGCCAGCGUCCAAUCCGCAUUCGAUCAAAUCACCCAGAAAUAUCCAGAUGCGCCUCUCGCAGCGGCCGUGUUCAAUCCCGGGGGCGGAUUCGUGCGAAAGCCGUUCUUGGAGCUGACCGAGGAGGAAUUUGUGCAGGGAUACGAGAGUCAAGGAAAGGGAGCGUUCAAUUUCGCCAAAAGCUCACUCCCUCUGCUUCUCAAGGCAAAGCACCUUCCGCACCCACCCACCUUGAUCUUCACGGGCGCAACAGCCAGCGUUAAAGGCUCUGCAACCUUUUCGGCCUUUGCGACGGGCAAAUUCGCUCUGCGCGCGUUGGCCCAGUCGCUGGCACGCGAGUUCGGUCCUCAGGGAGUGCAUGUUGCGCACGUCAUCGUCGACGGCGUGAUUGAUAUUCCCCGCACGAAGGAAUGGAAGUUCGAACACGAAGACGCCAAACUUGAUCCCGAUGCUAUCGCGGACUCCUACUGGCACUUGCACACGCAGCCCCGAACGACCUUCGGAUUCGAGCUGGAUCUGCGCCCAUAUGUGGAGAAAUGGUAG